CCUGUAAUUUCUUCCAAUCUAUCCAUCAGCCCCUGGGCAAGACACGGAAACAAUGGUGCAAGAUGACCCGGCUUUGGAGGUCUUCCAUCAAGCACAGCAAUCGUUCCGCAACAGUCUGAAAGAUCCCGACUUAUACAGCGAGAUUCUCGCCUCGAAUUCUAUCAGCGAAGUCUACAAUGCCACAAGCAAGCUUCAAGAGGAGGCUGCGGGGAAGGGAGCGCUUCGCAACCUCGCUCGCAUUCGGCCUUUUCUCGACCGCCUCUCUUCCUAUAGCGGAGUUAUCGAAGCCUUUCUCCAGGUGAAGCCCGAGCUGGCGCUUCUCUGGGGUCCGAUCAAGCUGCUCUUGUUGUGGUCCAGCCAGCUCUCCAGUGCCUUUGACCGAGUGGCAGACACUAUGGUCAAGGUCGGCUAUGCCCUCCCCCAGUUUGCCACUGUUAUAGGGGUAUUUGAGUGGAGUGAUGCCAUCCGCGCCGCUCUAGCCCUGUUUUAUGGCGAUCUUCUCGAUUUCUACCGAGUUAACCUCGACUUUUUCCGGAAGCGCCGCUGGAAACAAAUGUUUGAGGCGAUCUGGCCGAGCUACCAAAAAAAGCUGGACUUGGUAGUUCACAACAUCGAGCUGCAUGCGACGUUGUUAAGAAACGAGGUCACGCUUCUCGAUGUCACAGAAGCCCAGAAGGCUCGCCUGAAGUCGCUUGAGCAGUUGGCGACAAUCCAGACUCUGCAAGAUCGGCAUCGUUACACGGAUCUGAAGGGGCGGAUCGCACCAGCAUCGUUCGACGAACGCCUAGACUGGAUCCAAAACCGGUCCAUCCCAGGCUGUGCGAAAUGGCUCUUUCAGGAUUCCUCGUUUAGGGAGUGGGCAGAUGAUACGACAACCCCCGCCAAUCCAUGGCUCUGGCUGCAGGGCAUGCCAGGGGCGGGCAAGUCCUAUCUGUGCUCGGCCGCGGUGAGGCAGUCUCGCGACAACAAUCAGCGAUGUCUUUUCGCGGUUAUAAGUCACUUGGCAAACGAUACCUCCACGGCCCUCAAGGUGCUGCAGUCGAUGCUUUUCCAGGCAGCCGACGAGGAACAGGACCUGCAAGCCGUGCUUCUGGAAGCCAAAGAACGCGAAUUGCGGGGGAGCACACUGCAGGUGACUGAGCUCUUGAAGGCCUUCCUUCGAACCGCCGACCAUACUAGGAUCAUCAUUGAUGGAUUGGAUGAGAUAGAGGAAUACGAGCGACAGGUCCUGCUGGAGCGGUUGGAGGACCUCGUCAAGGGGUGUCCCGGAGUGCGCAUCCUCAUCGGCAGUCGUCCCGAAGGGGACAUUUCCCGGAGACUCGAUGGCAAAGCUAUCACCAUCAAUGUCCAUGAUCGAAAUGCAGGUAGCAUCCAGCAUUACAUCAACCACCGCGCUCGUAGCUGGAUCGAUAGCCUGGAAUGUCUCCCUGCCACGGAGACUGAAAUUGGCGUUCUGUUGUCGCCGCUGGCGGCCAAGGCAAAAGGCAUGUUUUUGUAUGCACGGAUCGUGUUGGACAACUUGCAGAGCAUUACCAGGAUGGACGAUAUUCGCCGGGAGCUCAGAGCCCUGCCCGAAGAUCUCAAUACUGCCUACCACCGCAUCCUCCAAAGAAUCAACGACUUGAGUCCCCGGAAGCGAGAUCAAUGUAGGAAGAUCCUGGGCUGGCUCGGUACUGCGCCCAUUCCGUUGACCACCUGGGAAAUGGAACAGGCUUUAUCAGUAGAGAUUGAUGAUGUCGAAGGAACACCCUGUGAUCAAACUAGUUCACAAGACUUCUUGAGUGUCGACUUUGUUCAACUCUGCGGUCCGAUAAUUGAGGUUGCAGAUGAAAAGCUCCAGUUUGUUCAUUUCACGGCCGUGGUAUACAUUUUUAGUGAUAGAGUUCCCUUCUUCAUAAAUCAGGACGUGGCGAGACGCAGUCUUCUCGAUUGUUUGCUGGCAUAUCUCAUGUCGGGGAUCGUUGAUCUUGAGCUACAGGAGGAAGAGAUUCAGGAGCAGAUCCGGCGGGGUCGGUUCCGCCUUUUUGAGUAUGCAAACUUUUACUGGCCAGUCUUACUAUCUAGCACUUUACCCUCAGACUGGGAUGACGCUGAUGUUAAGGUAAAUGACCCGCUCGUUGGCCGACUCGAGAAAGUAUUGCAGCGACUUGAGAAUCAGGAAAAUAUCAACAACCGAAUCUGGGGUCAUGUUCAAGGUGCUUUUAGUCUUGCAAACACAGAUGAUGUCGCGUAUCAGCGAGCGCGUAAUAUUGCAGGGGAAGCAAAAGCGUUUCACUCCUGCGAGAAACGAUGGGACUGGAAUCGGAAGAAUGGCAUGUCGUGGGUCAACGAGGAUCCUCUAGUUACGUCUCAGAUGUGGCUACGACUGCGGGAACAGCAUGAGGCCCUACUCGCCAUGUCCGAUUGCCGACAAGACAUGGAGCGGAAUUAUGGUUCGCAGCUCUUUCGAUGCACGUACCUUUUCUGCAGGGGGAGCCUGCGCGGGUUUGCCACGGCCGACGAACGCGAUCAACAUGUCCGGAAUCAUGACCGGCCAUGGAAAUGCUUCGUCCCGAGCUGCGAGUUUUCCACCAUCGGCUUUCACACUACUAUGAGACGUGAUCAACACUGGAAAAAGUAUCAUGUUUUCUCCGCACAGGAGACGCAAGCCUCAGGACCAGCAGGAGACAUCGACGCCACGUUCGACGCUCUUGAUGUAGAAGAGGCCCAGCCACUGCUCUUCGUUCUAAUUAGUGAGGGACAGAUCGACCGUGUGCGGCAUUUAAUUUCCUCCCGAGCUGGCAAGAAGCUCAAGUCGGAGGUCCUUGCGCAUGCCAGGCUGAUAGCAGCCGAGCAGGGGUCGCUUGCCCUGACCGAGCUCUUGGCCCCUGCAGGCGAAGAAAUGGGUGCCGUACCACUCAAGAUUCGGAUCGCUGCUGUCACCAGCGAUCAGGACGAUUUCGGCGCAUGGGCGUUUGAGGGCCUUGAAGUCGCUGACUGGCCAUCCAUGAUGAGAGCGGUGUUGAAAACGAGAUCAGAAGGCAUUUUCGGGCGAUGGGAACAUAUGAUUCUCACAAUGAUCGAGGACCCAGAUCUUGAAUCCAAGUUAGGACGGUAUAGGCGGAAUUGGCAGGAGCUCCUCUUCCGGCAGUCCUUGUUCACAGAAAUCCAGGGCCACGAGCUAAAGGAAACCAGGGUCAAACGCCUCCUCGGCGCUUUAGGGCCAUAUCUCACUUUAAGGUUUUUAGGCACUCUCCUCGUGCGCGUUGCCCGAUCGAGCUGCUCAGUUGCCCUGGGAGAACAGCUAUUGCAGGAGGGAGCGAGGAUCGAUCACCGUGCUGCCAACGGCCAGACUGCGUUGUAUAUAGCUUCGAGGAAGACCUCCGUGGCGGCUGCUUUCUUCAUGAAGUUUCUGAUCCUCAGGGGCGCUAAGACCUCGAUUCUCCUCGAUGACAAGGUUGUCAAUCUCUCCGAAGGGAAGGGCGCUCUCGAACUGGCUCAAAAAGUGGGGUACACAUGGCAAGAGCUGGAAGCGCAAGUCGGAAAAGAAGAUUUUCCUUCCCAUGACAGCUGAUCCAUUCUAGACUAUAGUAAACUAGUCCUAUCCAUGAGAAAGGUGAUUAGGGUGAAUUAAGAAGGGUAGAGGUUCUUAUUUUCAAACACCUAUCAUCCGACAGGUU